UUUGGGUAUAUAAAUGAGGAAUAGUGUGACAGAAGUAGGUGCGCAAUUGAAGAAGGUUAAAUUGAAAGGUUAUUAGCAUAGAGAGGUCAACAAAUUUACAAAAUAACAAUGGCGGCAGUAGUAGUGGACGUGAAAGGAAAAAGUAAAUCAGCUGCUGUUUCAUCUGUGGUGGAUCUGGAUCCACAUCCAUAUGACGGAGUUUUUGAAAAAGGAAAAUUUGAAGUAGGUGUGAUCACCAAGACAACAGACAUAUUUUCAACUUCAAAGCCACUGUUGGUGUUCACACCCAAAACUCCAGGUUUAUAUCCAGCCAUUUUGUUCUUUCAUGGCUUCAGCUGUUAUGGAUCCUUCUACACUGAUUUCCUCACCCUUAUAGCUUCCCAUGGCUAUGUUAUUGCUGCUCCACAGUUGUACGUAAUGCCAACCACAAGUGAAAUGGAUGAAAUAAAGUCAGCAGUAGAUGUGAUAAAAUGGUUAUCGUCAGGACUUGACCCAUUACUCCCAACCAACGUGAAAGGAGACCUUUCAAAACUAAGUCUAUUAGGCCACAGCCGAGGUGGCAAAACAGCCUUCUCCUUAGCCUUAGGCUGGGGUAGCCCUUCUCUUCCCUUCUCCGCCAUAAUUGGCAUCGAUCCAGUAGCUGGAAGCAAAUUCUUCCGACCCGAACCCCAAAUCCUAGACCCCCCUUCUCAACCCUUCAAAAUUUCCUUACCCAUCACGGUUGUCGGGACUGGGCUAGGUCCGCAGAAGGCUACUCCAGUCACAUGCGCCUGUGCUCCCGAUGGCCUCAACCAUAUUGCAUUUUUCAAAAAAUGUAAGCCUACUUGCGCCCAUUUUGUGGCUGUGAACUAUGGUCAUAUGGACAUUUUGGACGACAACCCGCCUGGGAUGACAGGGUAUUUCACCAAUAUUGCUUGUAAGAAUGGGAAGGGCCCAAGGGACCUUAUGAGGAAGUGUUGCAGUGGGCUUGUGGUUGCUUCUUUGAAGGCUUAUCUCGACAAUGAUGUGUCAAUUCUGAACGCGAUUUACGAUGACCCUUCUAUUGCUCCUACUGAGCUAAAUCCUGUGGAGGUUAUUUACAAAACACCCUCUGCCUAAAUUUCAUGGUCCACCCUCACAUGCCUCACGAUUUAAUAUAUUAUGAAUUUCUUUGACUCUCAAAUGUUGUAGGUCAAUGAAUGUUUCCUAAAAUUAGUUGAGGUUUGUGUAAGUUAUGAUAUGAAAAAAUAAUAAAUAAAUUUCAAAUUUUCCAACUUUCA